UGCAGAGAGAUAAGUCAAUCUUGGGACACGUAUUCAAAAUUAAUAACAGCUUAACUACGGCAACAUAAAAGGUCAAGAUUUUAAAACCAGAUGCCUUAACUUUACGCAACAGUUACAAGAUGGUCUCUGAGAAACCAGCCCUAGAAGGUAACAAUGUAAAGCAGUUGGCAGCUACGACAGAUACUGAAGUAGCCCAUGCCAAAGCUAAAAUAGCAAUAGAGAAGCUUUCAAACCUAAGAAAUCUUGCUGCAUUUUGGAUCUUUGGUUUAUGUAACAAUUUUGCCUAUGUGGUAAUGCUGAGUGCAGCGCAUGACAUUUUGAAAGAAAAAGACAGCCCAGCAUCAAACAGCUCUUCAGUGGAAGCUUUCCUGAGUGACGUCAAUAGAACCUCACAAAACUCAUCCAUGAGAACAUGGCUGAAUGAGACGGAUCCAACAGGCUUGGAUUACCUCCAAUGUAACACAGUGAGUACAGGAGCCAUCUUGCUGGCUGAUAUUCUACCCACACUGGUUGUCAAGGUAACAUUCCCAUUUUUUCUGGAAAGAAUCCCAUACCCUCUGAAAAUAACGGCAGUUUCAGGAUUUGCUCUGAGCAGUUUUCUGAUGGUGGCACUGGCCCAUGAGAUGUGGCUGAGUAUCCUCGGAGUUGUCUGUGCUAGCAUAGGGGCUGGACUUGGAGAAAUAACAUUUCUCAGUCUGACAACAUUUUACACUAGGAACGUGGUCUCAAUGUGGUCUUCUGGGACAGGCGGAGCUGGUGUUUUUGGAGCCCUGGUUUAUGCUGGAUUUACAAGUGCAGGUUUGUCACCCAGGGAUUCUUUACUCAUCAUGGUUACAGUUCCUGUCUUGAUGAUGGUCUCCUAUUUCUUUAUCCUUACAAAGCCUUUAAAGAAUGAGACAGAUAAUUUUGAUGUGGCAACUAUUAGACAGAUUGAGAAUAUUGAAAUAGAUGAACAACAACACAAAAGUCACUUAACUCUGCGAGAUAAGAUACAUUUAAUUCCUACACUAUUCAAAUAUAUGAUCCCACUGACACUGGUUUACUUUGGAGAAUAUUUCAUCAAUCAAGGUCUGCAUGAGUUGUUGUACUUUAAUGGCCAAUGGCUUUCAAAGAGUGAACAAUAUCGUUGGUAUCAAGUUGACUAUCAAAUUGGUGUAUUCAUCUCCAGGUCAUCAGUCAAUCUGGUGCACAUCAAAGCACUUUGGAUUCUUCCAAUUUUACAGUUUGUAAAUCUGGCCUUGUUGCUGUGCCAGGUAUUUUACAGAUUUAUUCCAAGCAUCUGGAUAGUGUUUGUUAUUGUUCUGUGGGAAGGCCUGCUAGGGGGAGCUGCAUAUGUCAAUACAUUUUUCAGAAUUACAAAUGAAAUACCCCCAGAAAAGAGAGAAUAUUGUAUUGGUAUGGCUGCUGUAGCAGACUCCUUUGGAAUAGCAGCUGCUGGGGCUGCAGCCAUACCAUCUCAUAAUGCAAUCUGCGGCAGACACUUAAAAAUGUAGGAAAUAAUUAAUAAUAUCAAUUUAUUGAUUUCAAGCAAACUUAAUGCAUAAGUCAUAAGUGUAC